AUGAAAAAAAGGAUAGAAGUAUUGGAAUUUGGAAAUGAAGAUGUCGAGACGGCAACGCUAUCCGAUUCCGAUCCCACCUUCUUCCUCCAUAAUCAUAACCAUCUCCUCAAUCUUGAUUUGAGUAAGCUUUUCGAAUCAUAUCGUAAUCAUGAAACAAGUAUCAAUCACACUUUCGAUAUUACUCAUGUGAACCGAUCCAAUUGGUUUGAAGAACUUGAAAGAAACAAGGGUGAUAGACUAGAAGUUUCUUUACUUUGUACCUGGUAUAACAAGAUUUCCCCAAAUUGA